AUGAUACGUAAAACCUUAAUUUAUAAGAACGGGUGUUACACUAAUGCGUUCAACCAACUCCCUCAAACCCCGACUCCUAACGCGUUCACGCAACUCUCUCAAACCCCGAAUCCUAACGCGUUCACGCAACUCCCUCAAACCCCGCAACCAACUAGUUUAUUUCAACUUCAACAAAUCCAGUUUCAACAACAAUAUCAGCAACAACUAAAAACGCUCCAACAAAGCCAAAGUCGGCCUAUUCAUACGAAAGUCCAAUUGCAACCGACACCCGAUACCCCUUCGUUAGACAAUUUGGAUGACAUUGCCGUUGUACCCGAAACCCAACCUCAAAGUUCUAAGAAAACAUCUACAAAAAAGCGUUCAAAGAGGCUAGAACAAGAAAAUUUAACCACUGGUAGAGGUCAAACUUGGACAUCGAUCGAAGAGUUGGAGUUGGCAAGGGCGUGGACCAAUACGUCUACGUGUCCGAUUGUAGGUAAUAAUCAAAGGUCUGGUAGUUUUUGGAAGAAGGUUUGCAACAAAUUUCAUGCUUUGAUGCAAAAAGAACCGUACCGAGAAGUGAACUCAAUGGGCUCAAACUAUCGAGAGAUGAAUAAGAAGAUAUCGGCGUUUUGUGGUUAUUACAACAAUGCUCAUUCGAAUCGGCCAAGUGGGGCGAGUGAUGAAACGGUUUUUGCCAUAGCUAUGUCAAAAUACCAUACGAAAGAACGUAGUGCGUUCACAUACGUAGGGGCUUGGGAAAUCUUUAAAAAUUGUCCCAAGUGGGCGCCGGUUCCUAACGAGGUGGCAAGAGCAAAGAGGUGUAAAACAUUCGAGUCGAUAGAGCAUAGUGCCAGUGAUUCGGAUGUGCGUUACCAUAUUAAUAUUAAUGACGAACCCGAGUUUGACGAUGAAGUGACGGAGAUUCCGGAAUUGAAGCGCCCAAAUGGUAGAGACAAAGCAAAAAAGGAAGCGGCGGCCAAAAAUAAAGAGGCGUCGACAAAAAAUGAAACUCCGGGUGAAACGAAGGUGGAUAAGUUGAUGAGCAAGUUCACCGAAUUUAACGAAAUACAAGCGGCGAGACUUAAGUUGAAAGAAAAAGAAAUGUAA